AUGGAGGUCGACCGCAUUGACAACCUCCUAGAGCGCUAUCUUCACCUCCUCCACCAAUACACGACGCUUAGAGAGCAGCUCAGCAGCCUGCAAACAGGCAUAUAUCAAAACAUUGCACGUGCUAACUUUGCCGCCGAGCGAGGAAUGCGGUUUGGCCAAGACUACUACGACGAGCGCAUGCAGGCCUCUAGAAAAGUGGCUAUCACUCUAGGCGGCGACCAGGAUGUCCCCGCGUUUGCCGUUACUGCCGGGAGUACGGAAGCUGGGCUUGCCCAAUCGGAAAAGGGAGCUGCUACGGAUAACGGCGCUAGGGACGCGAGUAAAGAAAAGGAGGAGGAAGAGGCUCGAGAGUCGCAGAAGGAGCAGCGGAAAGACCCGUUGAGAUGGUUCGGACUGCUGACGCCUAUGUCUCUACGGCAAGCGCAAGCGCAAAGCAUCCAGGCAAUCGAGCAAGUCAUCCCCAAACUAGUCUCCGUCGAUGCUCAGAUGGCCCAGGUCGAAAUUGAAGUCCGUAGAGCCCGGAAGAAGCGCGCUAAGGCCCAGGCGGCGGCUGUCAAACAGGAGCAGGAAGUUGGCGCCGGCGCCGGCGCGGAGAUUACGGUGUGA